AGUUGAACAAACUUGCUGCAGGCGGAUUGGCGGUUGGGAGCUCUCGGGCUGGGGCGUUGUAUUUAUUAAUUUAUAUUCCGCGGCGCCCCGCGCGGGCCACUCCUUUGUGUCCGGCCGCCGCCACGGGAGCUCCGGGGCCUCGGCGGGGAGCGCGUUCCCCGUGUCCGCCUGACUCCCGGGGCCAGCACGUGCUGAGCCCGGUCCGCCGAGGGGGCGGAGGCCCCGAUCUCCCCGACCCCCCUUCUCUGCCUAGGGGAGGAGGAGGAGCAGCGGCAGCAGCAGCAGGAGGCGAUAGCUGCCAGCCGAGGAGGCGCGGCGGAGAGGGGACUGCGGUCAGCUGCGUCCACUCGGAGCUGCGCUGCGGUCCCGCGCCCGGCGAUGUUCCCGGGCAGUCCCUGAGUAGCAGCAGUUUGCCCCCCGCCCGCUAGCCCGCCCUGGUGUCCGGCUCGCUCGCUGGCUGGCGCGGCCCCGGCCCCGCUCUGCGUCGGCCCCGCCGCGGUGGAGGCGCAAGAGAGGGACGCGGCCGGGGAUGAGCGGAUUGCGGGUGAACUCGCCGCCCGGGGGCCCCGCGAGGCCGUAAGCCGCUGCUUUUCUCCGAGUCACCGCCCUGCCCUUGGAUUUGAGAUCAUGUCCAUCCACAUCGUGGCGCUGGGGAACGAGGGGGACGCGUUCCACCAGGACAACCGGCCGUCGGGGCUCAUCCGCACUUACCUGGGGAGAAGCCCUCUGGUCUCGGGGGACGAGAGCAGCUUGUUGCUGAAUGCGGCCAGCACGGUCGCGCGUCCGGUGUUCACCGAGUAUCAGGCCAGUGCGUUUGGGAAUGUCAAGCUGGUGGUCCACGACUGUCCCGUCUGGGACAUAUUUGACAGUGAUUGGUACACUUCUCGAAAUCUGAUUGGGGGCGCUGACAUCAUUGUGAUCAAAUACAACGUUAAUGACAAGUUUUCAUUCCAUGAAGUAAAGGAUAAUUAUAUUCCAGUGAUAAAAAGAGCAUUAAAUUCAGUUCCAGUAAUUAUUGCUGCUGUUGGUACCAGACAAAAUGAAGAAUUACCUUGUACAUGCCCACUGUGUACCUCAGACAGAGGGAGCUGUGUUAGUACAACUGAAGGGAUCCAACUUGCGAAAGAACUAGGAGCGACCUAUCUUGAACUCCACAGCCUUGAUGACUUCUACAUAGGAAAGUAUUUUGGAGGAGUGUUGGAGUAUUUUAUGAUUCAAGCCUUAAAUCAGAAGACAAGUGAAAAAAUGAAGAAAAGAAAAAUGAGCAACUCGUUUCAUGGAAUUAGACCACCUCAACUUGAACAACCAGAAAAAAUGCCUGUCUUAAAGGCUGAAGCGUCACAUUAUAACUCUGACUUAAAUAACUUGCUGUUCUGCUGCCAGUGUGUGGAUGUGGUAUUUUACAACCCCGAUUUAAAGGAAGUUGUAGAGGCCCACAAGAUCGUUCUCUGCGCUGUAAGCCAUGUUUUCAUGCUGCUUUUCAAUGUGAAGAGUCCCACUGACAUUCAAGAUUCCAGUAUCAUCCGAACUACCCAGGAUCUCUUUGCUAUAAACAGAGAUACUGCAUUUCCAGGUGCUAGCCAGGAAUCUUCAGGCAACCCACCAUUACGAGUCAUUGUUAAAGACGCCCUCUUCUGUUCUUGUUUAUCCGACAUCCUUCGCUUCAUUUAUUCAGGUGCUUUUCAGUGGGAAGAAUUGGAAGAAGAUAUCAGGAAGAAGUUGAAAGAUUCUGGGGAUGUUUCAGAUGUAAUCGAGAAAGUUAAAUGCAUUUUAAAAACACCAGGAAAGAUUAAUUGCCUAAGGAAUUGCAAAACCUAUCAAGCCAGAAAACCUCUGUGGUUUUAUAACACUUCACUCAAGUUUUUCCUUAAUAAGCCAAUGCUUGCCGAUGUUGUCUUUGAAAUUCAAGGUACGACAGUGCCAGCCCACAGGGCCAUCCUGGUGGCCCGUUGUGAAGUGAUGGCAGCCAUGUUUAAUGGUAAUUACAUGGAAGCAAAGAGUGUCCUGAUUCCCGUUUAUGGUGUUUCCAAAGAGACUUUCUUGUCGUUUUUAGAAUACCUGUACACAGACUCCUGCUGCCCAGCUGGCAUAUUCCAGGCCAUGUGUCUCCUGAUCUGUGCCGAGAUGUACCAGGUGUCCAGACUGCAGCACAUCUGUGAGCUGUUCAUCAUUACGCAGCUGCAGAGCAUGCCAAGCAGGGAACUGGCAUCCAUGAACCUUGAUAUAGUUGACCUGCUCAAAAAGGCCAAGUUUCACCACUCUGAUUGCCUUUCAACCUGGCUACUUCAUUUCAUUGCUACUAACUACCUCAUCUUCAGUCAAAAGCCUGAAUUUCAGGAUCUUUCAGUGGAAGAACGCAGUUUUGUUGAAAAGCACAGAUGGCCGUCGAAUAUGUACUUGAAGCAGCUUGCGGAAUACAGGAAGUAUAUUCACUCCCGGAAAUGUCGUUGCUUAGUAAUGUAACCUGGAGCUUUUAUAUACUACAUUUCUUUUUUAUUAUUAUGAAGACUGGGAUACUUCCAGGUUCCAGUAAAAUUCUUCUGACUAAAACCAAUGUGGGUGUUAGAAAAAUUACCACAUAGCUUAAUAUGUUUAUCAGUUCUCUUUGAAAAAAAACUACCAUUGUGGUCUUAAAAAGGGAACAAAAUAUACCAUAGGCUAAAACUAAGGCUUUCACUCUAGAAUGCAAAGCUGUUUUGCAGCUAUGUUUUCCCUUAAAGAUGUCCUGUUGCUUUAAUGAUAUUUAGACCCCUCUCAGUUAAGAAGUGCUUAAAUUAAAAAAAAAAAAAAUUAUAUAGGAUUAAUACAGAAAUUUUAUCAUGUCUGAUUAAUUGCUCUAUUAAAAUAAGGGGCAUUUAAAGACCCAGCAUAACUAUUUGUAUGAUGAGAAAUCUGAAGGAAAACCCAUCAGUCCAACAUGAGAUUUUAGGAAUAGUAAUUUACCUGCCCCUUGGAAAGUGAAAUGCCACUUGGUUCCCAAUUGGUGACAGUGUUUGAAUCAUCAUAAAAAAAUUUCUACUUUUCACCUGGACAACCCAAUUGAGCCACUUUGUCUCCUUUUGGCAAUCUGAGUAGGCAGGGAACCUAGGCAGAGCUGGCUUUCUUAGCAUGUAACUUGUAUAGCAGCACAGGGCCCACACUUAGAAGGACCCCGCACUUGGUUCAAGGCUCUGCUAUAGCGGAAAUUCUUAAUGAUGUUUGAAGAAGGGCCCCAUGAUUUCAUUUUGUGCUGAGCCCUCAAAAUUAUGUCUAUUUCCUGGCAGGAAAUAUCCUAUGUUUUCUUGCUCAAACAGCUUUCUCUGCUUGAGCAGAAAAGAGGCACUGCUAUAAAGGGAAGAGAAGGAGGCUCACCGGAGGGAAGAGAACAUAGCGAAAAUUCCUACCUUUGGGGAGGUCUGAACCACCCAGGGCCUCCACUGCCACCUUGACUGGCAAGGGAGAAAUGUGUUGUGUUGUCUUAGCUUUAAAACAGUCACAGUUCUUGCUCUAUCAUAGAUGAACAAAUACUUUCUUGAUCAUUCUGUAAGACUAGGAGGUUGGUAAGAGUGACUAACCAGCCUAACUUUAAUACACAUGUAUAAAGAUGCUCUCAGAGAAAGAUGCUCUGUAGAGAAUUUGCUACCGAAGUUGGCUCAAGAAUUUUUUUUAGUGUUAUUUACCAAGAUUAGGACAUCAGUGGCUUAAAUUCUUUGAAUUAUUCUCAAGGACUGCAAGAUUAUUUGAUAAAGAGUAGCAUGAAUGUUGUCCUCUAAGAUUACACAGUAAGUUCAAAGAAAGGAUAUAAGUCAAAGGCUUGUCACAUAGAGGGAGAAUGGACUGGGAUAGAGGACAGAAUGAUAGUUUCUUUCUUUCAUAUCACAUGUAUAGAGAAACAAUUAUAUCAGAAACUCACAAACCUAGAGAUGGAAAAACAGAUUACUGUCUAUUGUCAGCAUCAUUUUAAUCUGUAAGUCAGUACUGGAAUAUGUUUUUCUUUUAAUUUCCAGUGACUUUAGAAUACACACAGUUUUUCCAACUUUUAAAAAUUUUGACUAAAUGGUUUUAUAGUAUAUUAUUGGGACCCCAUACCGUUAGCCCUUGUGUGUAUACCAACACUGCCAAAGUGAAACAUUAGGCCAGGCAUGGUGGCUCAGGCCUGUAAUAACAGCAUUUUGGGAGUCUGAGGCAGGUGGAUAACUUGAGGUCAGUUCAAAACCGGCCUGGCCAACACAGUGAAACCCUGUCUCUACUAAAAAUACAAAAUUAGCCAGGUGUGGUGGCACACACCUGUAAUCCCAGCUACUCAGGAAGCUGAGGCAGGAAAAUUGCUUGAAUCCGGGAGGUGGAUGUUGUAGUGAGCUGAGAUCAUACCACUGCACUCCAACCUGGAUGAUGAGCGAAACUCCAUC